UUUUGUCAGCAAAAAAAAUGUAUGCGGUCCUUAAUUGGUUAAAGUUUGUUUAAAUUUUUGUAAAUGAAGGAUGAAAAGAGGACAGAAGCGAUCGCGAACUGGAAAAGGGACGAAGGCACCAAUAGAAAGUACCAACACCAAUCCUUAUCUGUUAUUCCUUGACGACUAUAUCAAAAAAGACAGAAAGGCAAAAACUAGUCCGAGGUUUUUUGUAUCAAAGCAUAGCAAAGUAGCUGCAGAAGCAUGGAAUAAUAUGUAUGAUGCUGAGAAAGCGCCAUUCAUGGACGUGGCCAACCAAACAAAGACCCGCAUUAAGAAGAAUGUCCCCAACAAGAAAAGGACGAUUGCGUUGUCGGUAUUUUGGACUAGGUGUUCACCCAAGAAAUUGGUGAAACAAAAUGCGUCCUUAACCAAAGAUCAAAAAAUUGAUGUUCAAACACUUGGUUUCAAUUCAAUGCUUACACUACAAUGUAAAUUGUUGAACCGUGAAUUCAUAUCUUGAUUGGUUAACUACUUUAACCCUGUGAAGAAGUCCUUGGAAUUCGGGAGGAUCAGAGUUUAUACAAUC